CAGUUCUCCCAACCUGACCUGAACCAUCAAGCGAGCUUCGGGCCUAGGGCACAGAAGUUAGCUUGUUGGUGACGCCGGCUGCCAUCGCCGCCAGUCAGAUUCGGAUCUGCAUUUCCUCUACUCUGCUGCCACUUUAGUUAGGUUCAUCCUCCCAUUUUCUUCCAGCAGAGUGAACUGCCGGUUCUUCCGCCAUUUAGCCCCCGCCCUCGUUAGCUGUGCUUUUUAGCCGUGCUCUGCAGCGCACAACAUAGCAUGUCAUUCUUCUGUGACGCAGCUGCUCUCCCGUGUUUAGCCGCCCUCUGCGACGAAAUCUGAUUGCACGGUAGCACUACUAGAAAAAAAUGGAAUGAGUAAGUGGGGAUCGCUUGCUGCCAGCAGUAUGAUCGGUAGUGCUAGCGGACCCUGCCAAGUUGCUGUGGCUGAGAAAGGGCGGCUUCGAUAGCGCGAAAUCCUGUGCUUUCGGGACGGGAGCAAGAGUCUUUCACGAAUCAGCCUCCUUGCGCGCCGUCAUGUUCGCACGCCAGAAUGAAAUAUUUUUUAGCACCCCAAGUGCCCCAAGUGUCGAGCAUUCUCACGAGAAACUUCUUCUGCCCGACGAUGAGUUCGCGCUUCUCGAGGCGGCAGUUGCCGCCGCCGAGCGGGAGGCGGCUGAGCGGAAAUCUGCGCGCGCGGGUAUUUCCGCGGAUGUAGUGGGGGAACACCCGGGAGCGGAGUUACUGAAGGAAGCCGCGCAAACGAGGAAUGAUGCGCGGCAGGAGGGCCGGAGCGAGUCCGCGGAAAGCGCGGCGGAGAGCGCGCGGGUGCAGGCUUGGAUGGGGCCGGAGGCAUCAACGGUGACGAUCGGUUUGGCUGACAUUGAAGACCUGGCGUGCCGCGAUGUGCUGUGGACGGCUGAGCGAGGCGAAGGGACACGUGGCUCUGCUGGGGCCGUUGAUGGGUGUUCGGAGGAGCAGGAGACGGGAAUCGAGGCGGGGGGAACGGGAAUAGACGCGCUGGGGUUUCGGGGAAGGCACACGGCACGCCGGCCUUUGGAUUGCAAGCGGAAUCAACGGCUGUCCGUGACGGAUAUCACCGACGCGCCUAGGCAUGGUGCGCGGUGUGUGGAUGGUGGGGGUCAUUGACGAGCUGCGCCUCGUGCCUGCUACCACUGCAGCGGAGGGCAGAGAGGGCAGGGCAGGAAGGGCGGGAAGCAGCAGCGCAGCAGAUUGUUCUGGGGGUGUGGGCGGUAGUCAAUCAACGCAAGCAAGUCCGGCGAGUCAGUCUAGUCAAAGAAGUCAAACGAGUCCGAGCAAGAGGAAAGCUGGGUGCAUGGGCGAAGGUGGGAGAGAAGAUGGGCGAGUGGAGAUGCAGCAGAGCACGGAGGAGCGAACAGCAGGUGGAUCAAAUCCGUUGGACUCACAGCCAGUAGAUUCAGAGCGCGUGGAAUAUUGUACAUACUCGCAGCAGUCGCACUCUCAGCCACCCGAUGCAUCCAUGCGUAAUGCGUCACAACCAGAUAUUGCCAGAAGCCCAUGCCUGGAGGGGCGCAGGGAGGGGGCCAGGGAGGGGGCCAGGGAGGGGGGCAGGGAGGGCGGCAGGAAGGACGAGAGCAGGUGGCGGGUGAUGGUGGUGGAUACCAAGACGCGCGUGCGCCCCAAGCCACCGAGGGCAGCGCAGAGCAGAAACGCCAGGCUACAACUCAUGUGCUACAGCGCGCUUUUGAGCAGCAUGAUUCAGCACGGCGUGCCCCAGGAGCGCUUCUUCUCCUCCUUCCGCCUCCGCCCCCGCGCCGCCCUCUCCUCCCCAGUGCUAGAGAAUGCUGCAGAGGUCUUCCCCCAGAGACAGAUCUCUUGCCUCGUUGAUGUCACGGCUGCCGUAUCUGACGCCUUCCGAUCGCUGCAGCCACUUCACCCUACCCUUCUCUUGCGUUAUGAAUGGCAGGCGGAUGGUUCUCUUGUUCAUGAGGAUUUCUUCCCCUAUGAUCACCACUGGCUCCAAGCAAGCAUCGCCACAAGCCUUGAGUUUUGGCUCGGCCGCCGCCGCCCUUUCUUUGUGCCUCGGGAGGAGGCCUGGAAAUGCUCCUGGUGCUCGUUUGCUAGUGUUUGCCGCCCGGAUCUAAGGUGGAAAGGACAAACAUGCCAUUGAAGUGUGGUUCUGUCCUUCCCUCUGUACAUAGGCUUCAAGUACUCAUUUCGCAGCAAUGACAAUCCGAUGCCACAUGCACCAGGCACCUCAUGACACACAGCAUGUACAUGGAGUGGAAGCUUGACUGGCCGAGUCUACGUAUUUGCCAUUUGU